AUGGCAACCAUGCGUCGUCCAAGGUACUCUCUCCGAGACUGUCUGUACUGGGAUGAGACUGAGUGCCUGACAUACUAUGGGAUGCUCUCUCUACACGAGAUGUUUGAAGUUGUCGGUUCUCAACUGACAGAGACAGACGUUGAAGUGCUGUCGUUCCUCUUGGAUGAGACCUAUCCGGCUGGAGGGCAUCCCUUGGACCCAGCUGGCUGGACCAGCGAGCCCAGUGAGGAGGACCCUGAGGCCAGUAAAGGAGUCUCCCCCAGCCCAGUGCUCCUGGAGGCCUGGCGGCGGUUACAGCCCAAGGGUCCUGCCUUGGCCUGUCCUACCGCUGCCCGCCACAAGCCCAAGAGUGGGCUAGAACUGCUGCUGGAGCUGGAGAGACGUGGGUACCUCAGUGAGGGCAACCUGGAGCCCCUGUUGCAGCUGCUGCGAGUCCUGACGCGACACGACCUCCUGCCUUUGGUGUCUCGCAAGAAAAGGAGGACAGGUAAAGGACUGUAACAGAGUGCUGUUCAUAACUGGAAGCCAACAUGCACUAAUAGAGAUAAUGUUGUCAUAAUCACCUGUAGGCCUACUUCUCACAGCUGUGUGUUAUCUGCCUGUCAGUAUCACCAGAACGUUUCAGAGUGGACUACGGGACAGAGGACAGAAGACAGGUUUGCACAUCUGGACUGACUGACCCCUGUGCACAGACAGAAUCACCUGACGAACACACAACACAGCAAUGGAGGGGGGGUAAGCUACACUCCAGCACAAUCUGUGCAUGCCUGAACUUGUCUCUAAGAAAUGUCAAUAACUGUUUCCUGAAAUUGUCUGGAUUUUCACCAGUUAAGCAUUGCUGAUUGGCUGGUUUGUGUGUCUGUCCAAUAGGUGUUGACCCUGCCAGGCCAGCGCCCGCCACCCUACGGAAGAAGAGGGGUAAAGGCCGCCGCUGGACCAACAAGCCCCCCGCCCACAGGAGAAAAGUGGGCAUCCCCGAAACGCCUCCCCCACCUGUACCUGAGAAAGUGACCUGCGGUAAGACCAGCCUUUCCCUUUCUCUGUAGUUUCCCUUCCAUCUCUCUUUCUCUAUUUUCUUUCCAUCUCUCUCUUUAACCCACAUGCUCAUUCACCACACUCUCUCUGGGUUCCUCUCUUGCCAUUAUACAUGUCUGAGUCUCUCUCUCUCUGGCUUACAUCCAUUUUCUAUCUCACUUCUGAUGAGAAGCUGUAAGCACCAUCACCCCAACAGCCUUUAAUAACAGUGAUGAUACUAAACAUCUCUCUGCCAUAUCAGAAUGUCCCAGUCACCACCUUGUGUCUCACCAGUAAUUUUGAACUUAAUAUGUCCUUAUCAAGCAACCUUAAAUCCAUGUCAGUCAGUGGUGUGUUCAUGUCCUCACAUGAGAUAUCGACUUCAGUUUCACUCCCUCUGCUCAGCUUAUACCCUGACCAUAAGCUAACCGUCCCACCCUCGCUGGUUUGAGAAUGGUUUGCGUGGGCCUCCUGGGAGAUCAAUACUACCCUGCAGGCAUGUUGAACUGAGUGGGCUGUGCUGUAACAAUACUGUGAGAGCAGAGCCUGUGUGAGUGAGUGACUGCUCAUCAGUAAAUACAACCCAUACUGACUGGCUGUGUUUGACCUGACGUAACCCCUCAUCCUGGUCAUCAUAUGCUCUCCAUGGUGGUGAAACUGUCUCGCACUCAAUCACCAUCACCAGGGUUUCAGACAGCGUUUUACACACUCCGGGGUCUUUGUGUGCUCCCUGGCACGCUAACAUCCUCACAAUGGAGGGAUUCUGUAGACGUCCGCACAAGGAUAGUCUGCUUGCACGGCCAAGCGAAAAACAACAACCUGAAAAAGCGUCAUUGAGCUCCACGGAACUGAAUGAAAUGAAAUCUCUCUGAUCUGUUGUUUGGUGAUGACCGUAGCGUGGAGAGGGGAAUUGGGUUGAGUCGCCUACAACUCCCAUCUAUCAAAUAUACUAGGCCUAUUCCAGACAUUGUCUUCACCAUUACCCACUAGUGUCUCAAAUUAAAUAAGCAUCCAGCCUUAUUACUUUCCUUCUACCUGUCCAUUCAGAUAGGUGGAUAUUCAGAUAAAGGGAUGAAACAAUGGGAGUAAGCCUCUUUAGACUAUUGAGAUGCACCCUGAGAGGGAUUCACACACCCAAUGUGAGUCAGCGUUUCUGUCUGAGCUCCACACAGCACAGCAGGCUUAGUGUAGUAGUAGGACAUGGCAUUUCAAUGUGGCAUUCAACGUUAACACACAAGCGCGUUAUGUUUCAAUGUGACAUUUCGGCGUCAACCCACAAACUUGUUAAAAAGAGCAAUUUAGUCUGUUCGGUACAGACCAAAAUAAUGUUAAGCUGCCUUGCUCUUUUGUGACUGAAUACUUGUGGGGAAAAUGUAUGAUUUAGGCCUACAUACCAUAGCUGCCACACAUCUGAAAGAUACUUGGUUGGAAUGCUGCCUAGUAAGAACUAGCCUGUGGUCCAGACUGAAGCCCAGGGAAGGAGAGUUAGGUGGUUUAUUGUCUUCUAUACUCUCUUUCACUUUAUACAUCCACUAUACGUUUGUCAACUGAGCUUGUCUUUCUUCUUCAUAUAGCAUAACCACUAGCCUGAUCCCAGAAAUGUUUAUGCGAUCAUGCCACUCCUUGUCACUCAUUUUGCAUGACAAGGAGUGGAAUGAUAUCUCAAACAGACUGGUAGCCAGGCUACAUAACUACUGCUUGUGCUCCAAAAAGAGAGAGUCCCUAUCCCUUUCUCCAUUUUUCUUUCUUUCUCUCUCUUUUCAUCUCCCUCUCUCUCACUUACCCCAGUUUUUUUCAGCUCCUGUUCUUAAGAACCCUGCCUGGUAGGUCUCCUGUCUUUUAUGUUGGUAGGACUGUCUGUCUUAUCCUAUCCCUAAGAUAAAGUUUAGAGAAAGUCCCGCUGAAUUUCUGAAUGUGUACUGAACAUAUGAGUUGAAUUGAUAGCCUCACACUUGCCUUGCUGACAUCUUCCCAGACCAGGGACUGGUUUCCCAAAAGCAUCUUAAAGCUAAGUUUAUCGUUUGAAUCUUCGUAGGAGCAUCAUUAAAUCUCAGAGCUGUUUCCCAAAACCGUUAUUAACGUUACACUUGAAAACACUCGUUAUCUAACGCCUGCCUCAGACCACUCAUAGAACAGCUAAAUGGGUCGUUAGAUGCUUUAUUUGCCCUCCCACGUCACUUUAUACACAGAAGAGCUCCGCUAAACAUAGAAUCACAUGGUUCAUCAGCCUCUCUGUGACCGCUGAUAACUUCAGAACAAAGUUGCCAAUGUCUUUGCAAUUGAUACAAACAAGCGGCGUAUAAAAAGAUGCUUCAAAUUAAAACGGAGAUGUCUACAUGAAAAUAUAAAUACAGUAGGCUUCAAUCUUUUAUUGAGUUCAAUUUUGCUACUUGUAGGCUACAGUCUGUAAUUUGUCUCAAUAUAUUUAAUGCUGUGUCGCCUAAUGUGUGCAAAGAUGUGCCAAAUCUUGAUUUAGUGCAUUAUUUUCGGGUAAGGAUUAGAAUAAGCCGCCUCAAUAUUUGCAGCCAUAGGUGAUAAGCUUCUAGGAGCUGAUCCGUCGUCAGUAUUGUGGAAUAAUUCUAAUGUUGUUAAGGUAAGAUUUGAAUGGAGAAAGCUGAUCCGAGAGCAGCAUUGCCUUUCUUUCGAUACUAUCAGUUCUAUCAGUAUCGACACAUGCCUCAACGACGCACUUAGCGAACGCUCUCUCUGCAUGGUGUUUUGGGAAACGCAUGUUACAUCUUCGGCCGUUGUAGGAAAGAUGCAUCGUUAAAACACUCAUAAGCCUAAGUUCAAUUGCUAUUGGGAAACCGGGCCCAGGUCAAUAGGCUCUUAGCCCUUCCAGUUCUGUUGCUGUACUUAGCCUACCUGACAGCCAACUAAACCCCUCUUACUAUGGCUAUCCCAGACACAGCCACUCCCACAGCCUGACACGUACUGAUGAGUGAUACUGCUUAUUUAUCAACAUGAUCUGAUUUUAACAACUUUUCGCAAUCCAUGAAGUCUCUUCUUCAGGGAGACAAAGAUUCUUAUGAUUUUACACUGGCUUCGUACUGCUCAAAUAUAACACUGCAACCCUUUCAAAUGUGCCGUUUUGUCCCAGUCGAUCAGAACAGCCUUCUCUAAACCAACUGCACUAAGUGCUAUGAUCAAACCCAAAACAAUCCACCAAGGGAUACCUGCCCCUUGCCUUCUGCAGUAGCCUUGCCCUCCCAGUCCCAGCCAUGUACCAUACAGUGUUGUUGCUUUGCCUCUGAACAUGUUGCUGUCUUGACUCCGCAUUUGAUCCCCACCAGGUUGACUCAGGAUUGUGACUCAGAUCGAGUAACCUAGAGAGCGGACCUAGAGAGCGGAGAGAAAGGCUGGACAAAAAAAAAAGUAUGGUCUGGCCUUUCACUCUGUCCGUACGAUCUGCAGUGUGUGCUCACCUCAAUCGCUCGCUCUCUCGUCAGUCUGGCCCGAUGCCCAAGGUAAAGAGGCCCUCCCCCUCCGAACGAGGGGGGGCUGCCACUAUGCUCUGUGUUCAAUGCCUGUGUAUUAUUCUAGCUAUCCUCUUCCUCCUUACCCCAUUCAGAAAAAAAACUGUAUACUCUCCACAAAGUGUUUUUUUGUGUGUGUCUAUUACUCUAAAGAGGGGUGUUGGCCUCAGUGUUUCACAGAACUGACCAAAGAGUCCUCGGAAAUAUUCCAGAAGUUUCUUAAUCACCAUAAUGCGACCUUGAACCUGACCCCUCUUCUGAAUACCAUGCUCUGACUCUCCAAAUGACUCAAAGCUCAAACUGACCUGAAAAAAACUGUUCUUAAAGGGGUAGUUCACUUCAAAGCCAAAGUUUGACAGCUGUUUUCCUCAAAAGUGAUAACUGAGUGCACAUUCCACACUGUUUAGUGUAUAUCCCACUACAUGCAUAAUGAAAACAUCUGAUAAACUUUAGUUUUGGGGUGAACUACUCUUCUAAAGCAGCCAUUCAAAUGGAGCCUUUUAACUGAGUCCCAAUGGUUCUUGUGGCAUCAACCUCAGUAGAUACCUCUGGUCAGUGAUCACAAAUACCUUUUUCCGAAUUCAAACGAUCCAACUGAUUAUGGUUUACUAAAACAAAAAGAGACCAAAUCCAUUCUGGAAUCUCAAUUAAAAAAUGUCAAACUGGUCUGAGUUCCAUUGAUCUCAGUCCUCUUGUCAGUCUGAACUGGAAUUCUAUCCGUAUAUGAACAGAAAAUGGCCGCCGACAUCUUCUCUGGAACCUUUGUUCGAGCAGUUCUGAGGAAAAUGACCCAACAGUGUUGUGUUAAGGGCUGUGUAACCGCAUGCUGUAUCUCAUCUCUGACCCCUGUAUGAGCUCCCAGUGUGGGGAGGUGAGCAGAGAUAGAUGGGGCAGUCCAGUCCAAUGCUGCCUCACAGCAUUCAGACCAAACCCAUUACUACCUCUACUAUCUUACCAAUCAGUUUGUUUUCACAUAAUCAGUUCAAGCGUUUCAGUUACAGUAUUUCAGUUAUUUGUGGUUACAAUUUCUUAUACCAAACUGUAACCUCCAAUUAGAAGCGACGUAAAACUGUCCACGUAAGCCGUAAUGUUAUACAGUGGACUUGGAGGCAUCAAAAACAAUUCAAACUCCCAAGUGAUUGCCUUUGAACCAGUGUUAACCUUGCCUGCUUGAUCUUGAGAAACAACCCAAUUGACAGAUAUCCAAUCCAACUGUGCUUGUCUCUUUCUCUCUCUUUCUCUCCUUUCUCUAUGUUCGCAGUUCAAAACAGACCGCCUCGUGUGUCAGGAAAAAACAUCCUCUCACACACACUGAGAGGGAGAGAACGAACACUAAACGCUCAAACCACACAAACCAAAAAAAGAAAGAGAGAGCUUUGGUCAAAGGAGAAUAGAGAGAGGUCUAUCUACCUGUCUCUCUCUACCCCGACCCCUCUCUCUCCCUCCCUCUCUUGGUCUGUCGUUCAGCAGAAAAACGGAUCGAUAAAGAGUUGAAGCUCUUCGCACCAAGUGACUCCUUGUAAAUGGGUACUUUUCUGUGGGGUGAAAUGGAGAAAACCUAACCAAGUCUUUGUUUAAAGGCAGAAAAUUAAUGUUCUGUCUAAAUGGAUCUAUCUGUCUGAUGAAGCGUAAAGUACUCUGUAACCUUAACAAAAUUACCAUCACUAUGUUCCCAUUGUUUUAAAGGGCCUUCCUUUCCUUGUCGCUCUCAACAAGGCCAUGUUUCACAAGUAGGGAGGAAGGAGCAGUCAUUUAACAGUGUGGGGACAUUGUGUAGUAGGUGUUGAUGUCACAGUCCCCACACAGUAUAAUGACCCAUGUCGCUAGACUUGUACAUUGCAAAAGCGCACAAUUGUUACAGUUUUACUCAGUUUAUGAUUUAGCUGACAUGUUUUACCAUAUUGACAAUUGACAGGGGUAUUAUGCAGUCCUGGUAACUUUCAGAUGUUAUUGGUUUGAAGCUGACUUUCAGUGACAGUUUCCUCUCAGAGCAGUACAGCGCUUAGUCCGCAGCACAUCCUGUUGUAGUUGAUUUGACACCCUGCUGGCAGGGAGAGAUAAAUGUAUCCCCUAGGGCAGGGUUUCCCAAACUCAAUCCAGGGGACUCCAAGGGGUGCACGUUUUGGUUUUUGCCCUAGCACUACAUGGCUCAUUCAAAUAAUCAACUCAUCAUCAAGCUUUGGUUAUUUGUAUCAGCUGUGUAGUGCUCGGGCAAAAAAAAAAUGUGCACCCCUUGGAGUCCCCUGGGUUGAGUUUGGGAAACACUGCCUUAGGGACAAACCAUGUAUUUUCUGAUACAAAAUGGCCACAAAUUGACAAAUUAGACUAGCGGUAUCUCUAUUUCCUGAAAUGAUUCAUGAUUUUACAUGCAGAAAAAUCUCCCCAGAAUAACAAUGUGGAGACGUUGGUGAGACGUUGGAGUAGUGAUGAGUGAAGGCAACCCUUGAACUGUUUUUGACAACAUGUCAGAUUAUGGGGCUGUAUGCUGUGUGCCUCUUAUUGUUCUCUAUCAAACUCAUUGACAAAUGUCCUAAGAGCUGCUCUAUCAAUAGAGACAGAAAUGUUCCUUGUACCAUAACUUUGCCUCCUGGAAGAAAAAAAAAACAUUUCAAACACCUUCUGUAUCCGAUUUCUUUGUGUGCAAACUAACAGUUGAACUUCAUGAAAUAUGGUCAUGAUUAUCAUAUUUGGCCUGAUGUGAUAUAAGACAUAUAUUAGUUAUCAACAAAUCUACUUGCAGUUGAUCUUAAGAUACAUUUUUGUUACCCUGUGUUGUACGUCAGAGCAUGUUUUCAAUGUUGGCAGUAAAUUUAGAAGCUCUGUCUAACCUGAGGAUGUCUAACCUCUCCAAUGGUCCAAGUAGUAAGUGUUUGUAUAGCCUCUUCAUUACAACCUUUAUAAAGCAAAGAAAGAAGGAACCAGUGUUUGGUUUUCCCUCUUACAAAUGUUAAGAAAUUCAUAAUCAAUGCCUUUAAUUCUAAGGCACAGUCAUUUGGUACAACAUUCCAGUUGAAUCUUUCCCUUUUAAAUUGUCUGGUUCUGUUCUUUGUGUCCUCGUUAGAGGAAUCAACUAUUUGUCAGUUUCUCCUUUACCCAAACCUGGCUCAGUGUCUUCAGAGACCAAGAGAUGUGUAGGUACCCAGUUCCCUGUGUGCAGUACACAUAGCUUUCACUCUUAUUCACAUCCACACGUGUUCUGAGAUCCAAGACUGUUGUCUUAUUUUCAAUGUGAGGUUUUUGGACCUCUGGUCCCCUCAUCCUUUCUGUCCUUUCUGUUCCAUAUUCAUUCUCUCACUCUUUUAAAAACAGUUCUACUCUUUAUCAUUCCUUUGUUUUCUGUUAUAUGAAGUUGGGGAGGGCAAGGUGGGUGGGGUCAAUCCAGAUAUACAGUUUGACAAACUAUCCUCCAUGUUGGCAACAAACAUUCUUUGACAAUAAUAUUCUAAUUUGAAUAAUAUUUUCUUGGAACGUUUGGUGCCAACAUGGUGCAGUGAAACGAAUGUAUCUCAAACAAAGUUUCCCAAUCUAUGCACAUCUCUGGUGGGGUGGGGUAGUGUGGGACUGGGAAGGUUUGGAAUUUUUGUUGCAGCAAAGUCGGAAGGCCGCCGGUUCUGCUCGGAGCUUGGUGAAUAAUGGCAGUAGAGGAGGAUGAGACAGAGGUCCGCUUGCCUUGUUCAGUACAGUAUGUAUCCUCUGACCCAUCUCACUGUGCUGUUGCUGCAUGACCGCUAAUCCUCCUGUUUCUGAAACAGAACAAAAACAUGUUACUAUGAAAGGUUUCUAUCCAUCCCAAGGGCUGUUUUACAGUGUUAAUGUCCCAACAAAAUCCUACAAUCCUAACAAGUAGCAUUUUAUUUAUGCCUGUUUUGUGCCACCUAUAAAUGUAAUUAUUACUGUAAUUACAGUGUAACAAGCUUUGUAAUUACUCAGAGAAAUGGAUUGCAUAGUUAAAGUUAUAGCUAACUUUACCUAGCUUUCAGUGCGUAGAGGUUUUGUGUAGAUUACAGUGGCUGGCUGAAAUCUUCUGGGCGAAUAAUGAUGGGUGGGGGACUAUUAGAACUGCACAGAGUGGUGUGGUGUUGAGCUUCCCUAAUGAAUAUGCUUGUUAUCCAUCAGAUUCCCACUGAUUUCACUCUAGUACUACAACAACAGCUCUUGGUAGUGGGGUUUGUGAAAAAUAAAUCAGGUUAGUCAUACAGUAAAUCCUCAGUGAUGCUCUUCUUGACCCGACCAGGUCAUAUUUGUACCCACUGUUAGUGAUGGAAGACUGCCUGGUUGGUAUUACAUUCACCUCUGUGCUCCACAGCUGUCUUCAGUUCUGUCCUGCCUUUCCUCACCUAUUGUAUCACUCUUGUAGACACACUUUUGUUAUCAACUCUAGUUAAUGAUACACCAGUAAGUAUUUCUAUGUUGUCUCCUACUCUAAUCACUAGUUUUUAAUGUCAGAUACAGUCCUGUUGAAUGUAGUAAAUAUUCUUUACUUUUCUAUCACCCCUCCCAUAGCCUGUUCUUGCCAAUUCUUUGGAGAAUAUUCUGUGAUUACGGCUUUAUUUGAAAAGUUUUCUUAUUUUAUUUUGUAUUUUUGUCCCUCUAUCUCUCUCUUCCCUUUGUUCUGACUCAAUGAUCCCAACCUCCUUCUCCCAUUUGAUUUUCACUCUCACGUGUACAUGACGUCUUAUCCCACUCAAUCUGCUGCUUCCACCAUUUCCCUCCUCUCUCCCUUUUUGAAUAUAUUCUUCACCUCUUUGCACCCUAAAAUCACCUCUUUUCCCUCCUCUACAUCUACCCCUCCUCUUCUCUCCUCCCCUCCCCUUCCCCUCCACCACCCUCCCUCCCUCUUCUACCCAUUCCUCUACUCGCUCUCUCUCUGUCCCCUUUCCUCCCUUCACUCUUCCCCUACCUCCCUCCCUCCAUCCCCUCUCCCUCCAUCCCCUCUCCCCUCCCUGCAGACAUCCGUCUGCGCGUGCGAGCAGAGUACUGGGAGCACGAGUCGGCCCUGCGCGGCGGCGUCUCCUCGGACAAGCAGCAGCCCCUGGAGCGGCAGUUUGAGCUGUUCAGUCGUGCCACCUCCGUGCUGCGCGCCCGCGACCUGGGCUCCAUCAUCUGCGACAUCAAGUUCACUGAGCUGGACAACCUGGAGGCCUUCUGGGGGGACUAUCUGAGUGGAGCGCUGCUAGAGGCCCUGAAGGGGGUGUUCAUCACAGACUCUCUGCGGAGGGCGGCGGGGAGUGAGGGGGUCCGGCUGCUGAUCAGUGUGGACCAGGAUGACUACGAGGAGGGUCGCAGACUGCUGCUGGACGCACAGGAACAACAGGCCGGCUGCUGGGGACGAGACAGGUGAGCUUCACUGCUCUCUCCAUUCUGGUUCUGUUAUACUGUGUUAGUAAGCUGGUUUCGUAAAGUACUUAUCUGUUGUGUGGUAUGUAUUGUCGUGGUCCUCUGUAGCUCAGCUGGUAGAGCACGGCGCUUGUAACGCCAAGGUAGUGGGUUCGAUCCCCGGGACCACCCAUACACAAAAAUGUAUGCACGCAUGACUGUAAGUCGCUUUGGAUAAAAGCGUCUGCUAAAUGGCAUAUUAUUAUUAUUAUUAUUAUUAUGUGGACUUGACUGGUCGUCAUGAAUUGGAAUUGCUGUGUAAUGCCACCAAUAACCACUAGAUGGCAAACUUUGCCCACAGGCAUCAGAGCCAUAAACACUACCUGGUCGCACGUUGUCAUACUUCCUAGACCCAACCUGAGAAAGCUGGUUAUGGACGUUCGGCUCUGACAGACAGGCAGGCAGCUGUGCGAGGUUGUGUUAAUAAUUUUCAGCUCACGAUAGUUCACACAACAGUUCUAGGAUCCUCAGAGACAAUUAACAAUAGUUCUAAUUCUAACCACCAUCCUCCACUAUGUUCCCUCUGCAGGUCAUGAUCCCAAGGAUAGAGGAAUGAAAAGGAGAAUAAAAUAGGAAGAGGAACAUUUUCUUUUUUCUCUCCUUUUUAAGUCUGUCAUGCUGAGAACAGAGGAUACAGCCACUCCUAUGUCAGGGGAAUAGUCCCCAGGGAAAACAACCAAACUUGAAGUGAAGGCAAACUGGACUAAAACACACUGUUCUGUUUUGUUUUGAAUGGAUAACACAGGUUGCGCUGAGCCUAGAUGCCCUCAGGGCACUGAGGAAGAGACUGCCUCUGUCACACACACACACACACAAAC